AUGUCUGAGGUUCAAUCAAGACCUUCUGCCUCCCGUGGCAGGGGCUCAGCUCGUGGUGGCCGUGGAGGGUUUUCUUCCAGAGGUCGUGGUAGCAGGGCACACGCUAGUAAUGGAGAAAAGGCAGAUACAUCACAGGCAUCGGCUCAAGAAGAAGGCGAAAUAGGUCAAUUAAAAAAAGAAUACAGUAGCCAGGUUUCUAUAAUCAAGGAGAUGUUCCCUGAUUGGACAGAUGAAGAUAUAGUCUUCGCUCUUCGAGAAACGGACGGAGACUUAGAACUCACAGUCGAGCGCAUAACUGAUGGUACUAUCUCGCAGUGGGGAGAAGUAUCAAAGGUAAAAAAAGAUCGAUCGCGCUCUAAGAUUAAAGAAACAAGUCCUCCUCUAGACGAAAGCUCGAAUCAAGUAAGGCCAACACGCGGUGGUCGAGGAGGUCGUAGUCGAACAAAUGAAAGAGGUAGAGGAGGAAGGGGACGUGGAGCAUUGAAUGCGCCUAUAAAUGAAUCACGGAAGGAAGCUACAGGUGUCUCGAUUCCAACUAGCGAAUCAAACGCAUGGAAUUCUUCAGCUUCAGGAGACGCUUCAGCAUGGGACAGUAAGCCCUUCAGCAAUAAUUUUGACUCAUCAAAGAUUUCCGAAGAUAACUGGGGAAGUACUGCGAAACAAUCCUCAACAACUAAACCCCCCACAACUAUUCCUUCCGACGGUGUACAGAAAUCUUGGGCAACAUUAUUUGCUCCUGCGCCAGUGGCGAAAAAGGUCUUAAUCCCAGUAGCAGAAAUACCAGCUCACUCAGUGAAGCCAGAAGAGCCCUGCGAAUCAGUCACUGCAGAACCAAUGGAAUCUCUACCCAAGCCUGCCCCUGUUGAGACUUUAGCUACAACGACAGCGGCGGAACCAGGUCCCUUGGAAACAGCAGAGGCAAACAUUUGCCCAUCUAAGGACGCGCUCACAAUGGAUAACCUCGAACAAGUACCAGAUUCUUCGGCUCCAGUACCAACUGUGACAGCAGCUAGUACAGCAGCUAGUUCUUGGGAUCCCAGAAGAGGGACUCACGGCUCCACUCCCUACUCAGCAUUGCAACAACAACAAAAUAUAGGUAUUUCUUCAACUGGCAGUGGCUUUCAUUCAUCUACCAAUAAGUUGAAUAACACAUCAGCACGGGCACAAAAUUAUCAAAGGCGUAUAUUUGAUCAAGAGGAGGCAGUACGAAUGCCUGGAAACCGUGAGGUCGAUAGAACUGCAGUCCAAUUUGGGGCAUUCAGCCUCAUUGGUAAUGAAGAGGACGACGUAGACGGAGAUCGCGAGGAAGCCGAGACACGCGCACAACCACCGCAGCAUUCACCUGUUGCUCCAAGAGCUGCUUUACCACCUGCUCAUCAGCAAAGCUCCCUUCCGGAGACGUUACCAACCCCUAAGCAACCACCUGUCUUGCCUGCCACCAAUUUCUCAGCAGCUGUGCCUGGACUUUCGUCACCAGCUCUUCUGAACAACAUCCCAGCUUCUUCCCAACCAAUGCCGCCGCUAAAUGGUCAGUACAGCCACUAUGGUCGAUAUGCACAAAGUGGUGCUCCAGACAAGCAAUACGAUUCAUACACCCAACAAACGCAUGCACAAAGUCCUAGUCCGUUCGAAGGUUACCCUAGCCAACAAGCCCAAACUCAGCCUCCUGCUGGACAUACUGGUGCAUUCUCAUCUACUCAUCAGGAUUAUCCCUCCUACUAUACCGCCGAUCCACAGCAGCGCAAUGCCUAUAACAACUACUACCAACAACAAUAUGCAUCUCAGCAUCAGGCGGCUCAAAGCCAAGAUGGUCCAGGAUCGCAACAGGGCUCUUACAAUGGAUACAACAACCCUCCCGGAGAAUCCUCACAGUUUCCCCAGAAUAUAUCUCACCAAGCUCAAUCUCGUUAUGUGACGGCAGGAGAUGGACAAAAUAGUGGUCAUUCUACCCCUAAUCCGGUCACCCAAGCCCCUCAAACCAGCGUAGUUGCUCAAGCAGGUCAGCCGCAGGCCGGCCAACAGCCCCAAAUUCAGGGAACUUAUCCCUACGCUCAUCCCUAUUACAGUAGCCCAUAUUAUACUGCGUAUAUGAAUCAAUAUCCUGGUUAUGGAGCUGGAAACUAUCCUGGUGGGCCAUAUACGGCCAAGGUAGGAAUUCAUCAACAAUAUCAAGGAUACAGCAUUUCUCCUGGGGCUCCAUAUGAGCACUCAGCAUCACCUGGAGCUGCAGCUUUCGGUGUCUCAUCUUUACACAGUCGUGAUAGUGCUUUGGGAGGUCUAUCGGAAUACGCCAGAGUAGGAUCAGCGCAGUCUUCUCAAAACCCCCAAGCUCUUGCAGCAAGUGCAGCGUUUAGUGCCAGUCACGACACUUUCGGCCGUGCCUCAUAUCAAGGACAAGCCCAACAGCACUAUAGUAGUCAACAAGCUGGACAGCCAAGUGGUGAUGAUCUGAAGUCUUUUAGUGAUACAAAAGCAGGCAACGGACAGAACUCCUCUCUUCACUCUGCUCGCCCUGGAUCUGCAACCAACACGGCUCCGCUGCCUCCCCCGCAAUCACAGCAGGCUAGCUAUGGUAGCUAUCCAGCACACAUCCAACAACCGGCACACGGUAUUCACGGAAACCAAACUACAAGCCAAUAUGGCGGGCUAGGUACUGCUGUAUCACAGCACCAAACUGGACAGGGCCACCAAAAUAGCCAAUAUGGAGCCUAUCAAGGCUUUGGGGGUGGAAAUUACUAUGGAAAUAGCCAGCAGCAACAGAGAGGAGGGUGGGGUGGCAACUAUGGUCACUAA